AUGUUCGUGACUUUUCUUACCGCUUUCCUAUGUACCGGGAGCGUAUGGGCUUACAGUGAUCCACCAGCAGGUGCCAUCACCGUAGGUUCAUCUGGGACGUAUUCUACCCUGUCAGAGGCACUGGAUGAUACUUCUAGCGAUGUGUACUUUGUCUAUGCUGGCACAUAUCAAGAACAGGUAUUCAUUGAUAGGAGCGACGUCAAAAUAUAUGGUGAGACCACAACUGAUGAUAGUUACACCGGAAAUACUGUUACCAUAAGUUACGGUUUGGGAGCCACUGAAGCAGGCUCAAAUGAUGCUAGUGGUACAGUCCGUGUCCACGGCGAGAAUGUCGCACUGUAUAAUCUAAACAUCGAGAAUACCUUUGGCAAAUAUGUACUUGUUAUGUGUUCCGUCGUGCAGAUCCUGAGGCCCAGUGAACUGAAGGAACAAGCUAUUGCUUUGAGUGUGCAGUCUACCGACUUCGGUGGAUAUGGUCUCAGCAUCGUCGGCUAUCAGGAUACUCUCCUGGCGAACGUUGGAUAUGAAUUCAUCGCCAAUUCUUACAUCGAGGGAAACACGGAUUUUAUCUUUGGACAAAGGGCCUCUCUCUGGAUAACUGGAUCGGUGAUCAAAACUCUCGGUGAUGGAUGGAUCACCGCGUCUGGACGGUCCUCAGAUGACGAUUUUUGGUACGUUAUUGACAAUUGUGAGAUCACUGGGGCUGGGGGUGCCUACCUCGGGAGACCAUGGAGGGACUAUGCCCGAGUAGUGUUCCAGAAUUCGGUUCUUGGGAGUAACGUCCCGUCCGAGGGAUGGUCAAUUUGGAAUGUCGGUGAUGAACGUACCGACGAAGUGACCUUUGCUGAAUACGGCAACACGGGAGAUGGUGCUGAUACUUCUGGACGAGCCAGCUUCUCGGAGGUUUUGGAUAGCGCUGUGGAUAUUUCGACAGUGCUUGGCUCGACGAGCUGGACUGAUUCGUCGUUCUUGUGA